CGGCCGACCGUCGUUCAGUCGAUACCGACCAACCGCCGCGGUUAUUAUAUUUUUGGAUCAAUUAUAAUAGGAAAACACUGCCGUUUCCGUUUGCAGACAUGGAUACGUCGCUGCUAUGGUUAACAAUCUUGGGCUGCGCAAUGUGCACGGCUUCGGAAGUGUCAUCACCUUCAACUUCCGAAGUUUCCGGUUUUCGGAUGAUGUUUAAUGCAUACAGACAAUGUUCGGACCAACCGGAAAUGGUGGUGUGCUUGAAGAGUCGGGCACUCCGGAUGCUGGAUAGAGCCAUUAAUAUGGAAAAUAUUCAGAUAACUGACGGUAUAUCUCUGGUGAAGAAAUCUGAAAUUAACGGCAGGUCGUUGGAGGUAGACAACAGUGAAGUGGCUGAAAAUGUGAUCCCCGAGAAUUCAGCCGAUUUUAGUAAGAAAAUAGACUCGAUGUUGUAUGAAAAACUGUCCAGGUUCGCCAGAUCAAGAUCGCUUCAGCUGUCCAUGCCACAGAUGUUCGAAGAAAGCAGGGACCUCGAUGACGGUGUGUACUUAACUGGUCGCAAGAAGAAAAAGGACAAGGGCGGACAGGUGUAUCUGAUGAUGCUGAAAGGCGGUCUGUUAGCUAUGGCGUACAAGGGUCUGGCACUGUUGGCCGGCAAGGCGCUGUUGGUGAGCAAGAUCGCACUCACGCUGGCCAUUCUGGUGGCGUUCAAGAAGCUGUUCAGUGGCGGCGGUCACGGUGGCUCGUCCAAAACCACGUACGAGAUCGUCAAGCAGCCGGUGAUGGCGCACUCACAUCAGUACGCCGCGCCCGGCGCUGCCGACACAUUCGGAAGUUACGACAAUAGCGGACCGUACGCCCGAAGCAUCGCUCAGCCGGACGUCAUGCCGUAUCCGCAGCUCGCCGCGUACAGAGCCCACGUAAGAGGCAUCGGUGGUGGAGGUGGUGGCGGCGGUGGAGGCGGUGGUCCCGCGAUGAUGUCGUCUGCGGCCUCGACGCAAUCCAUUGUGUCCGGAGGCGUGCAACAUGAAUCCGGUCAGAGAGACGAAGCGCUCUGAACUCCGGACAUCUGAACACAAGUUUCUCAAUCGAUCCUAUCACGUCGACUGCCACUACUGAACCUAUUGCAGCUACCCACCUUAUAUCAACUUCAUCAUAAGAAAUAAUAUUAAGAUAUUAUUUUCAGCGUAACAGCGUCCCGGCAACCCGUCUAAAGACUUCGUAAUUUAAUACCGCUAACUACACAUUAAUCAUUAUAAAUUAUUUAUUUAUUUAUUUAUUUUAUCGUCUUUUUUGUGUUAUGCAUAUAGUAUAAACGU